UCCAAGUGAGAAAGCAAAGCACAGUGAAUUGGACUAUUUGUUCUUAUAAAACAACCUUGGAAGUUGGAACUUCAUCCAAAUUCCCCUAACUCAAUCUCUCUUCUUCCCUUCCCUCCAUUUUCCUUUUCUCUUUCUCUCUUUCAAAUAAGCAAUUUUAUUCAUACAAAUCAUAAUAUGGACAAUCAACAUCUUCUAAAUUGGGCUUACUACUGUCAAGGAAAGUCAAUGGAGGAGUUGAGACAAUCACUUCUAUACACAACUUUAGAGCUUGAACAAACAAGAAUUGCAGCACAAGAAGAACUCACAAAGAAAGAGGAUCAACUAAUGAAUCUAAAAGAUCUUCUCAACAAAAUCAUAAUAGAAAGAGAUGAAGCACAAGAGAAAGUUCAAAAACUUCUAUUAGAGAAGCUAGUUUUUCAGAAUCAGCAAAAUCAAACAUGUCCUGUUUCUGGAGUUUCUAGCAUUGAAGAUGAACAACAAAGAAGAGGAAUUGACUCAAACAACAAUGGAUUGUGUUCUUCAGAUUGUGAAGAAAGCAUUGUUUCAUCACCAAUUGUUGACCAUUUUCAGCAACAAUCCAUGAUUGAAGUGUUGAUCACACCAAACAAACCAUUACCUGAAAAAGGUAAACUUUUGCAGGCAGUGAUUAAAGCUGGUCCUCUUCUUCAAACCCUUUUGCUUGCUGGACCACUUCCUCAAUGGAGACACCCUCCACCACCUCUUGAGUCUUUUGAGAUUCCACUUGUCACUAUACCCUCAGCAACAACAUCACAACAACAACUUCUUCAUCAAGAUUCCAUUUUUGCUACUCAUACUAAUGCUACUAAUACUAAUUCUCAAUGUGGAAGUGUAAGUAGGAAAAGGGUGUUUUCUGAUGCUUCUGAUUCUCCUAAUGAGAAUAAGUACCAAAGGGUUGUACUUCAUUGAUUUCCACUUCCAUGUUUGGACUGAAUCAUGGUGUGCUAUCAUGAUUUUGAUUUUAGCAAAAGCUACAUUUUUUAGCUUCAUCAGAAUUAUGGCGUCACUGUCAUUCCAAAUUUAUAUUCGAUUAGAUUUACGAUCGUAGUUUUUUAAUUUAUACAUCUACAAGAUCAUAGGAUUAAAAUUUAGAAGACUGAUCUAGCAUCUGUAAAGUGGUUUGUUUGUUCUAGGUCACAAUUAUCUGACACUUCGCAAUGAAGACAUAUUCGGUGUCUGACACAUGUUAGCCUCCGACAUUAGUACACGUGGUUACAUGUCAGUGUCGUGUUCAUUGUAUGUGUAUGUGCUUCAUGGGAUUUAACUCAUUUAGAGAAGAAGAUGAAGAAGAAAAAGAAAACUUUGCUUGUUUUUAUGGCAGGCAAUUUUUGGUGUGAAGAAUUUGUUUCCUCUUCACAUUCUAGUACUUUUGCUUCUUGAUGCAAGAGGGGUUUUGAUUUGUCUAAAUUAAUUAUUGUGUAACAAAGAUACUGUAGUCCAGCAAGCAUGUGAUUUGAGAUUGUGUGUGUGUGUGUUUUGUGGUUGUGAAUGAGUAAGAUUUGAUCUUUAGGAUCAAAUCAAAAAUUAAGAGAAAUUGGGUGUGGAGUGGUUGAAUUAGGAGGUGAGUGUGAGCAACAACCAAAAGGGUUAAAGGGAAAGGUUUUUGAAUGCUUGUUGGAUGUUGGGGGUGGACCCAAAUAUUUAGAAUCAGUAUCUAUUAAUGGUGUGAUGUGUAUGAUUAUGUUAUGCUUUUGUUUAAGGAAGUUAUGAUUAUUCACCUCUUA